AUGUUAGAGGAGAAAUUAGCACAUUUCCCUGAGCCCGUCAUCAUUACCCGUCUUGACGAGUGCUAUCUCGGAUUCAACAAUUGGCGCCCACCGUGGGGCUGGAAACGCUUCUCGCUAUUCAUCUCGAAGAUAUCUAGAUUUUCACGAACUAGCAACGAUGGUAACUCGAAAGAGAACACUCCCACCGGGAGCCCGUCUCCCUCAGAAGAAAACUUAAGCGACAGUCUACCACGCACGAUAGACAAGUCGCUACCCGCUGAAGGCAGGGACAAGCCUGCUCCCACAAAAACCAUCUCUCGCCGCAGAGAUCCGUCUCGCCGCGAAGAUCUGUCCGCCGCGAAGAUCUACUUCGCCGCAACGAUCCCCUCCGCCAAGAAAGGACGAGAGCCCCCCUCCGUCCGCACCACGCCGCUCGAGAAAAUCUUCCUCGAGCGACAAACCCCGCAGCUCGAAGAAAUCCUCCUCGAGCGAGAAGAUCCUCAAACUCAUGGAGAAUCUCGUCAAGCCACUCGCCGACGGUUUCGAGUCAAUGCGAGCACAGCAGAAAAAGACUCAGGAACAGGCGACUUACCACCAAGAGCUCGAACGGAUGAAUCGUCGCCUCGACGAGGUCGAUUCGAAAGUUCAUCGCGCCACCAGCUCAGCUCCGGAAUUGACGAAAGCACUCGCCGACACCCGAAGAAGCCCGCUCACCCGCAGGCUCCGCCAGAUCGAACUGCACGAAAGAGACUCAAAAUCGACUCUUACACCGGCGAAGAAGACCCCAAGAAGUGGCUAACCGCGUUCAACCUCGCCAUGAGGAGGGAGAAAUACAAAUCUUACGAUGAAAGGGAGGCCAACUACUGUCAAGUAUUCGUCGAGCACAUGGCGAAAGAUGCCUUGACCUGGUUCUCUAACCUCCCCGCCGAGUCGAUCGAUAACUUCGACGACCUAACCAAUGCUUUUCUGAAGCAUUACUCCAUGCACAUGACCCGAAUCACUCGGAACAUGUUCACCACAACGCAAACCCAAGGCGAACCAUUGCGCAGCUUUAUGGAAAGGUUCAAACAAGCAGCUCGCGAUACUGGCGACAUGCCCGAUAGCGUCCCGCUGGAAGCACUCCGCAACGGCCUCUGGUACGACUCCAAGUUUAAGGAGGAUUUGUCACUAAAACCCCCUGCGACUCUGGAGGACGCGUUCCACCGCUCUCGGAACUACAUCUUCCUCGAGGAAGACCAGCGCUUCUACGCCGAGAAGCAUGGAGAUAGGAGGGCAACCUCGUCGAAACCCAGAGAGAACCCAUGGAGGCACGAAGAAGACACGAUCCGAAGAGGUCUCUCCUCGCAGCGUUCGCAGCAGCCGACGAUGAGCCGAGCGAAGAACGAGCAAGAACACGCGCAGCCGUUUCGAUGCCACAAGACAUCAACUCGCUCGGAGAUGACAACGAUACCAAAGCUUUCUGCAAGUUCCACGGGGAACUGGCCACGCCACUGA